AUGGAGAGCCCGACAGACUGGACUGCUACGGCUCCCUUUUCGCCUUCGAAAGCCAAAGCUCAGCAGGCUCAAGCCAGAGACUGGGCGUCGGUGGAUUCGUGGCUCGUUAAGGUCUACGGUAGGCGAGUACCAAGCGUUGAACGGAAUGAAGAGACACUCCAGGUGCUGUUGAGUCUUGCAACCCGUAACGAGACUGCCGAUGAUCAACAUGCAGCAAUCGACCUUGUCGAGAAAGCCGCUCUCCGAUCCUUGAAACGUCAAGAUGAUCUGGGGGACCGUGUCAUCGAAACAGCCAUGUGCUCGUUCGGUCUCGCUGGACAUGACGGUGUACAAGCACUUGCUGAGACUGCUACCUUGCUUGGAGCGACCAAUACUUUAGACAUGGCAGCGAAGCUAUGUGAUCUCAGCACGCUUCACUUUGACCUCGAGCAGCAAGUCGAGCGAGCGGGUGCCCAGCGAGAUACACUAACUAAGGAAUGUAACCGAGCCAUGCUAGCUCUGCAAGAGCUACAGAGCAACCAAUUCCAGCAUCCCGUCAUUGUUCAUGAGCAGAUUGCCGAAUGGAGUCGCAGUGCCAGGCAGCUCAAGGCCAAGCUUGUUGAAUACGAUGAGCGGUUGAGCGCGCUGCAUGCUAAUAUUGCUGGCGAAUCCCUCUGUGUCGAGCUCAUGAAGCAGAACUUUGAUCUCGAGGAACUUCGCCAGCGAUUGAACAUGAUCAACACGGACAUUUCACCCUUCCAGCAUUUACCUUCCGAUGGCACCUUGGCGAGGAAGGAACUGAGUGGCCUGAAGAACGAGCUGCAGACGCUGCUGUUGCGGCGGAAUGACCUCUUUGAACAGUUGGUUGACUGA